CCUAACUAACUGACGAUCACCCGCUUUUAGGGUCGUCGUUGGGUACUCAAAUGUUCGUCGUUGAAAUACAGACUAUGGAUACACUUUAAGAACCUUCUCUUCGUCACACGCAACGAGUAUGAUAUAUACCGAUCAAUAUGAGUUUCUCGAAUUUCUUAAAUCUGUUCCAACACAAAACCCUUCGUUCUUUUCUUCUCAAGACCAAUCGAUUCUUCGCCAUACCAUAGCGUCUAUGGAUGUCAUUGCUCGAAGCUCGAUCGCGCAAGCCGCAAUCGCGGGCACGUGUUUACUCCUGUAUAUCGCCCGCGGUCUCUUCCCUCAAGCACCACAAUGGAUUCGGCCUUUUGCUAAGGAAGAGGCCUUAUUAUCUGGGAUUCGUUCGAGACCUUACAGUUUUUGGACUUUCUGUCUGUUGGUCCUGUCUGCGAUCGGACUCGUUCUAGCUAUCCUGGUCGCCGCAUCACCGCCAUUUAACAACGUCAGAAUUCUAGAACUUGCGCCAUGGGUUACUGCUCUAUUCAUUACGGCCGUCGGUCGUCCGAGAAAGACGCCAAAGACGCUUCUAACAUUAUUUAUCACUACUACUGUCUGCGGGUUGAUUUCGCUGGUGUCAUGGUAUAACGAGACGGGACGUGUGAAUAUAAUCCACGUCGCUAGCGUCGGAGUGGCGUUAGCCACUAUAUUCCUCAUCCUCUCAAUGCCCAUGCGAGAUCCCGACCUUGAUUCGACUGGCAUUGCGAAUUCUACUUUACCUCCAACCUCUCAAUUUCGCAGCCCCGAGGAUAAUUUGAGCUUAUGGCAAUUUAUGACUGUUUCUUGGCUGUCUCCACUGAUUACUAAAGGAUUUAAGAGUACGUUGAAUGACGAAGAUGUUUGGUUACUACCGUAUGAUUUUCAGCAUGAGAGGUUGCAUAUGUUAUUCCGAGAUCUUAAGGGUUCGAUUAUAAAACGGUUACUUUUGGCAAAUGGCUUGGAUCUAUUCAUCAUUACAUUUCUUGGAAUCGUAGAAACUACGGCGAACCUUGCGAACCCGGCUCUUCUGCAACGCUUACUGCAGUCUAUCGAGGGAGGCCCUGCCCAUACUAAGGAUUCGGUUUUCUACGCAUUUGCUAUCCUGUUCGUGCGCAUUGUCGCCGCUCAAUCGAGUGUUUUCCAGUUAUGGUACAGCCGUCGCGCAUACGAGAGGUCGCGUGGCGAGCUACUUACAGCAGUCUACGCCAAAACAUUAUCGCGGAAAUCGUUCGGGCUCCGCACAGAUCUGGGAGAACCUCCCCAGGAAAAUGGCUUCGAGUCUGACGAAGAGACGCCGCUACUCGGAGAGAUACAGGAGCCCGAAAAGACUCGCUUUGAUCGUUUUCUCGAGUUCUUCAGAUUUCGUGAGUCUAAGGGCAAAAGCGAAGUCGAGACUAACGCAGAGCAACCGGCAACUAUGGGCAAAAUCCUUAAUUUGAUGAGAAAUGACGCCUAUGAGGUUGCCCAGCGGUUUUGGGAGUUUCCAUCUCUUCUUACGAAACCAUUGCAGUUGAUCUUCUCCCUCCUCCUUAUCUGGCAAUUGCUAGGUUGGCCAUGUCUUUUUGGUGUGGCUUGGGCAGUCAUCCUCCAAAUAUUAAACGGGUGGUUUAUUCGUUCACAAGUCAAAGUUGAGAGGCGUCGGAGAGCUGCGACGGACGUCAGACUUCAGGCGACUACCCAGUUUGUGGAGGCUAUCAGGCCCCUUCGCUGGUAUGAUUGGCAGUCUAAGUGGCUGGACGACAUCAUGCAAGCACGAGCAAAAGAGCUGCAUUUGAGGGUUAUCACUAGCUUAUGGAGCAUUGGAGUUAAUACCUCUAAUCUUGCUGCUGGUGCUCUUUUCCCCGUAUUCACUUUCUUCGCAGUAACUUUCAUUGCAGGACGCCCUUUGCCGGUCCACGUAGCAUUCCCCGCCUUGUCACUCUUUGGACUGCUUGAGUCGAGUUUGAAAGAAUUACCUGGUUUGAUAACGGUACUCAUCAACGCCUCUCUGGCAAUAGAGCGCCUUGAAACCUUCAUGCGCGAACCGGACAAAGAAGAGCGUGGUUAUAACGACAUCCCCUCUGAAAUCGAAUUCCGAGACGCAUCGUUUGCGUGGCCUACCAAUGGGAAACUCGUGCUGGAAGAUUUGAAUCUGCAAUUCCCAAGUGGACUUACUCUAGUCCAUGGAAAGGUCGGUUCAGGGAAGACAGCAUUAUUAGAAGCCAUUUUAGGCGAACUCGAUCAAGUGAAAGGAGACUGCAGUUUACCAAACGAGAUGGUGGGCUAUUGUGCUCAGUCUCCAUGGCUUCAAAAUAUGAGCAUCCGGGACAACAUUCUGUUUAACUUCCCUAUGGACAGAAGUAGAUACAGCGAGGUCCUUGAUGCCUGCGAAUUAGUGCCAGACCUAGCCAGCUUUCCUCAUGGGGAUAAAUCGAAUAUUGGAGAGAACGGCAUUGGUCUUUCUGGAGGCCAAAAAGCACGAGUCGCGUUAGCAAGAGCCGUAUACUGUCAAUCUCGCUUCCUACUGCUUGAUGACCCGCUUGCGGCGCUCGAUCAUUCAACUGCCCAGGCUAUCGUCAGCAAACUCUUCCACGGAUCCCUUUUGAAAGGCCGUACUGUCAUACUCGUUACACAUCGGGUUGACCUAUGUCUGGCACUCGCAGAUCAAGUGAUUGAAAUCACCAACGGCAAAGCUCGUGUUUUCUCGUCCGAUGAAUACCCCGGAGAACUCGACGCUCCCGCGCAGAAUAAAAACGCCGUUUUCGAAGACCAACCCCAGGAAGCCCCAGAAGAGUUAGCGAACGCCGCAGUCCCUGACAAGUUCGUUUCGGAGGAAAGUCGGGCAUCAGGUGGCGUCCUUGCCCGAGUUUACUGGACAUAUAUCAAAGCGGGCAAACUGACAUACUGGUUUGCUGUCAUCGGGAUAUUUGCACUUUUCCGUUUCGCUCGUAUCUUCAAUUAUUGGUUUUUGAAGGCAUGGGGUGAGGCAUACGGAAGCGUCGAAGCUCAGCUAUCGAGUCCAUCUGAUAUUGCGAACGGCAUCUUCGAUGGGCUACCCAGCCCGGAAGAUGAUGUUAAACCAUGGCUAGUGUGGUAUACAGUUAUCGGGAUCGUUUUGACUGCGUUGUACUUUCUUACCCAGUGCGGUCUUACACUCAUCCUAUAUAGAGCAGCCAAGGACUUGUUUGCCAGAGCUAUUAAUCAAGUGAGCUGCGCGACAUUCCGCUUUUACGACACUACCCCAGUAGGGCGCUUAAUGAAUCGACUGACUUCCGACAUUGGAAUGCUGGAUGGUGGAGUCAUACAACCACUUCAAAAUUCAGCUUUUUGGUCUUUGACAUGGCUGGCUUCUAUGGUCGUCAUCGCCUUCACAACCCCAGUAUUCUUCAUCUUCGCUAUCGCAAUGACUAUCUGGUUCGUUGUUAUUUUCAGGUGGUUUUUGCCAACCUCGCAAAACCUCCGCAGGUUGGAAAUGGUGACCCUCAGCCCACUGAUGUCGAAUUUCGGUAUCCUCGCCGACGGGUUGGCUACUAUUCGAGCGUUCAAAGCACAAUCGGUCUUUCAGAACCGCAAUAUCGCCGCCACAGAUACAUUCCAGAAAAUGGACCACUUUUACUGGAGCUUGCAGUCCUGGCUCCAAUACCGAUACGAUAUACUAUCCGCUGGUUCAAUUUUCGUCCUGACGCUUCUAGGUUUAUACCAAGGGCUUUCGUCUGGCUUGAUCGCAUUCGUUCUCACAAGCGCCACACAGUUCGUCGAAGCUACUCAUGUCCUAUGUAAGACGUAUGGUCAGCUUCAGAUGGACUUCGUAUCUGUGGAGAGGGUUGUUGAACUUCUGGAUCUGGAAGAAGAACCCAAUGGAGACAUCAAACCCCCUCCCAACUGGCCUUCAUACCAGGACAGCAUCACAUUUGAUUCAGUAACGAUUAAAUACGCAGAGCAUCUCGAGCCUUCUUUGGUCGAUGUCUCCUUCACGAUCCCUAGCGGGUCAACGUGCGCAGUACUGGGACGAACAGGAUCCGGCAAGACUACACUAGCCCUCUCCCUUCUUGCAACAAUGCAUCCAACGAAGGGGCAUAUACGUGUUGGCGAUCUUGAUCUAUCAAAAGUUGAUGUACAUACCUGGCGUCAGCGGAUCAGCGCUGUGGCCCAGGAUCCGGUGUUGUUUCCGGGCACAAUUCGAAACAACCUAGAUCCGAAGGAGCAGCAUACGGACGAGGAAUGCCAAGAGGCGCUGUUUCGGGUCUUGGGGCCUAAGUGGUCUCUUGAUUCCAUCGUCGAUGUUGGAGGCAAAAACCUCAGUCAGGGCCAACGUCAACUGGUUGGUAUCGGUCGAGCCAUUCUCAGGAAGAGCCCCAUUAUUAUUCUGGACGAGGCAACUGCCUCCAUUGAUAAGAAGACUGCCUUGGCAAUACAGGACGUCCUAUUAUCGGAACUCAAGGAUAGUACAGUGAUCACAAUCGCCCAUCGAUUAGAGGCCGUGAAGGAUGCUGACUACUUUAUAAGAUUGGAUGCCGGGCGUGUGGUAGAGGCUGGCCCAGCUGGAAGACGCAAGUAGGGAGUGGUCUUUAAUUAUAGUGACGAAUAAUAGAAAUAUAGCAGAUUGAAUAAUAUCCAUACUUGGGUAUCUACAGCGGUUACGGCGUAAACCCACGAGGAUUAGAAGACAUUGGAAGAGAAGUAUAACACCCAGAAUACUACAUUAGUUAGCUUCGUCCCCCUUUUCUCAUACAAGGCCCGUACGAAACGAUACCCUCAUAAUAAAGACCAAGUCUUGGAUUCAGCCCUCG